GCAGAGAGACGGAGAGUGCUGUUUAUGGGCAAAGUGUUAUUUGGUUGCUCUCAUCGAAGCCGAAGAACGGUUUUGUUUGUUGCUCUCUUUCUCUCUCUAGAAUAGUUAUCAAAAUUCCAUUUUUGCCCUUUUAGAGAGAGGCAACCACUGGCCUUAUUUAGUUUUUGUAGAGAGAGAAAGUUGUAAUUUUUUGUUUUUUUGGCCUUUUGAGAUAUAGGGAGUGGGGAAAAAAAAGGAGGAACAACCAAAAAUAAUGAGAAAGCUCUCUGUUUCAAUGGUUGAUUUAUGAAAACCUCUCAUUUGUCAGAAAAGGAAUUCAUUUGAUGGGUAUUUGUUUUAAGCUGAGAUGCGAUCUUUUUGAUUGAUUGUCGGGACUUAUUUGUGGACCUUGGAUUUGAUCGUGUUCAGGAGAAAUAGAUAGAGCAAGAGUCAGAGAGUGAAAGAGAAUAGAAUGAACGGUGGCGAUGAGGUCGCUGCAGCUCCAGCGGGCCCACCACAGCCUUUGGAGUGGAAAUUCUCUCAGGUGUUCGGUGAGCGCACCGCCGGAGAAGAAGUACAAGAAGUUGAUAUCAUUUCAGCUAUUGAAUUUGAUAAAACUGGUGAUCAUCUUGCUACUGGUGACCGUGGGGGCCGUGUAGUUCUAUUUGAGAGGACAGACACAAAGGAUCAUGGUGGAUCCAGAAGGGAUUUGGAAAGAAUGGAUUAUCCUAUUAGUAGGCACCCUGAGUUUCGUUAUAAAACAGAGUUUCAGAGCCAUGAACCUGAGUUUGACUAUCUCAAGAGCUUGGAAAUUGAGGAGAAAAUAAACAAAAUCAGAUGGUGUCAAACAGCCAAUGGUGCUCUUUUUCUCCUAUCCACUAAUGAUAAAACCAUUAAGUUUUGGAAGGUCCAAGAAAAGAAGGUGAAGAAAAUUUCUGAAAUGAAUGUGGACUCUUCAAAAGCUGUAGGAAAUGGUUGUAUUGCUAGUUCAAGUAACUCAAAUAGUGCUAAACCUUAUCUUGCAAAUGGAGGUUGUCCAGAGAAGUCAUCUAGUUUCCCAAGCAAUGACUUCAAUUUCCCACCUGGGGGCAUUCCAUUUCUGCACUUACCUGUGGUAGUAACUAGCAGCGAGACCAGCUUGGUGGCCAGAUGCCGAAGGGUAUAUGCUCAUGCACAUGAUUAUCACAUCAAUUCAAUUUCAAAUAACAGUGAUGGUGAAACAUUUAUAUCAGCUGAUGACCUGCGAAUCAAUCUUUGGAACUUGGAAAUUAGCAAUCAAAGUUUUAACAUUGUUGAUGUGAAACCUGCAAAUAUGGAGGAUCUAACCGAGGUUAUAACAUCUGCAGAAUUCCACCCCAAUCAGUGCAAUAUGUUAGCAUAUAGCAGUUCAAGAGGCUCAAUCCGACUCAUUGAUUUGCGGCAAUCAGCUCUUUGCGACUCUCAUGCCAAAUUGUUUGAGGAACAGGAGGCACCAGGCUCUAGGUCAUUUUUCACAGAAAUAAUCGCUUCAAUCUCAGAUAUAAAAUUUGCUAAGGAUGGACGGCACAUACUUAGUCGUGACUACAUGACUCUCAAGUUAUGGGACAUCAAUAUGGAUUCGGGUCCAGUUGCAGCCUUCCAGGUUCAGGAGUACUUAAGACCUAAGUUGUGUGACUUGUAUGAAAAUGAUUCAAUCUUUGAUAAGUUCGAAUGUUGUUUGAGCGGUGAUGGAUUGCGAGUGGCAACAGGAUCUUACAGCAAUUUGUUCCGUGUGUUUGGUUGUGCCCCGGGAAGUUCUGAGGCAACAACUUUGGAAGCCAGCAAAAAUCCCAUGAGGAGACAAGUUCAGACACCUUCAAGGCCUUCCAGAUCCCUAAGCAGUAUAACACGAGUUGUAAGACGGGGAGCUGAAAGCCCAGGGGUUGAUGCAAAUGGAAAUUCGUUUGAUUUCACAACAAAGUUGCUGCAUCUAGCAUGGCACCCAACUGAAAAUUCAAUUGCUUGUGCUGCUGCAAACAGCUUGUACAUGUACUAUGCAUGAAGAUGGUCCAAUGAGAAAUAGUUGCUUGGUUAACUCUUUUGGGUUGCUAUUGGAGAAGAUUCUUUUGCAUUCCCACCAACCAGUUAGGUGGAGGCUACAUGGAGUCCUCACAUUUCAGAUGCCCCUUCAAUCUGUAACACAUGCUACUGAUCAUAGAUGCAAUGUCCAGAUGUGGCUGUCUGCAGAAUCCACAAGGAAGCAACUUGUUUUUAUUCCUGGGUAGGCAGCUACAUCCUCCUUUUCUUUCCCCACAGUUCCUUUCCUUUUUCUUCCCCUUAUUUAUCUUAUCAUCUUCUAAAAAUAGAAGAUUGCGGUUUAUGUUCUAAAAUGUGUUGGGUUGAAGUCAGAAGAAAAUGUGACUGUAGUAGCUCUUCAACAAAAGAAAAAAAAAAAAGGAAAAACUAAAAGGACACCUCAGUUCAAUAUUUGCCACUGGAUCUUAAGGUGAAAUGUAGGCUUUUCUUUUUCAUUAUUAUAUUUUUUUUCCAACUCAAAUCUUGGUGGGAAGGAGCUGUUGAAACUUGCAGUGCAUUUUUUUUCCUAUUGAUUCGUCGUCAUGCUUGAAACUUGAUCCUUUUUAGUCCUAAGAUAAUUUGUAGAGAUUUUGCUUGGUUUCUUUUGGGGGGUAUUGAUUCUUUGUUGCUAGGAUUGCCAACUAGAGACUACUGACUUGAAUUGCCAUUGCCAAUGCCAAUGCCAAUGCCAAACUUGGUGUUAUUUAGCGACUACUGGAGGAUGUUGGGUAUUUAUUUCCCCUACUAGUUUUAUGAUAUUUUUGUAGUUUUUCUUUUUCUUUUUGUUCUUUUAUGACUUGAAGAGCAAAUAAAUGAUUGCAUUUUGAACCA